UUCAAAAUAUAGAUGGGAUCCAUUCGCUCCAUUCCAUGUGUAGAAACCCUAUAAAUCCCCUCCCACCUUCCCUCGAUCCACCAAGAACCCUAGCUAGAGCAGGGAGCAGAUCAGAUCCGAGGCGGCUGCCCUCCGUGAUGGCGAACUUCAGGAUGGACGACGACGACGAGUUGUUCCACCGCUACGACCCUGAGGUGUUGGCCGCCAACGGCAUCGACUAUCCCCCCCGCGAUGCUAGGAUGCGCAUCAAGUGGUGGGCUUUUCUGAUGCAAGUGGAGGGUAAUUUGAGACUUACAAAUAUGUCGGUACCUUCGGCAAAGAUCAUCAGGUACCCAGAUCAAAUGGAGAAGGCAUGGGGAUGGUGGAGGCUGCUGCCGAUCUAUCAGGGCCUCGGUCCGGACAUGCCCCUCUACCGGGAGUACCUCUGCGAGUACUACCUCCGCAAUCCUCCUGAAUCUGUUGAUGACUCUGCCUGUACUCGGCACAAGUUUGUGGUCCGAUCUGCAUGGACAAAUGAGAAUGGCCGCCUCAUUCCUCUCGCCGGCAAAGUAAUCUAAUUGGAAUCUCAACUCCUGCCUGCAUCUGUUAGAUAUUUGACCCAUCUAUCAGGAAAGGUUUUAACAACCGUGGUCUGCCAAAGUAUUCAGUGUCUGGAGAUGGAGGCCAAGUUCAUCGGUCUGUGUGAGAGGAACAAGAUAAAAUUAACUGACACUGAGACUGCCCUGAGCCACAAAAUCAAGCAGCACGCGCAGGACAUAGUUGAUGGAGCGUGUGAAUAUGCUGGUGCAUAUGCUGCCGCUGCUGCUUUGGUGUGUAUCUGCAAAGAGGCUGAGUUGAUGUGCGAGAGGGCUAUGUGCGGGAGAUACAACUCUGGUAUCAUGGCUUGCAUGCUCUGCAAUCAGAUCAGAGAGCAUGCCAUCAGUCUUAUGUUGUACUCCCUCCGUCCGGAAAUACUUGUCCUCAAAAUGAAUAAAAGGGGACAUAUCUAGACGUAUUUUAAUUCUAGAUACAUCUCUUUUUAUCCAUUUUGAUGACAAGUAUUUUCGGACGGAGGGAGUACAAAGGGUCUGGAUCCAUCGCCGCCGCUGCUGGUGCCGCCAUGGUGGGCGCUGCAAAGGAGGCCAAGCUGUUACGUGAGAAUCUGAGCAAUCUAGGCUGUGACGAAGAAAUGUCUGCUUCCAUUCGGGAGGAAGCCUGUUGCAUUCUGCAGGACAUGCACACUGAAGCUUUUGGUGCUAAUGGGAAGAACAGCAUUGCUGCUGCUGAUGAUGGAGCAGAGAAAUCUACUAGGAUCAGCACUGCUGGGAAUUUGACUUGUACUGCAGCUAAUGGCAAGGAAGAUUGCAAGAGGGAGCUAGGAAGUAAUGGUUGUACAGAAUGGAGUGAUGAUAAGGAAAACAUGGAGAGUAGUAAUGGGAACAACAUUGCUGCUGCUGCUGCUGGAGUAGGGAAAUCUUCAAGGAUCAGAGCUCUUGGGGAUUUGACUUGUACUGCAUCUAGUGGCAAGGAAGAUAAGAAGAGGACACUAAGUAAUGGGUGCACAGAAACGAAUGAUGCUAAGGAAAACAUGGAGAAUGUGAAUCAGAAGACUGGGGAAGAAUACGUGUGGAAAAAGAAGACCGAAGAAGAAGCUUACAUGGAAACUGCAUAAUAACUCAGGCCAAACUAGAAAAGGGAGAGAAGUGGGAGAGGAUGGCUAACUUGACGUGGGCUGAUGGUUGUGGUGGAACUUAGUUGAGAUGGUCUUUUAUAGUUGUGAGAUUGUCUGUUUCCUUCAGUACCUAUAUAUUAACGUUGGAUUGAUGCCAUGAACCAUAUUUUGAACCUGCUUGGUUUGUAAUCAAAUCUGGGUAAUAUUAGCGGUCCA